AUGCGUGCUCGGCUCCAUUCGCGGCUGCUGCUCCUCGCACUGCUGCCACCAUGCUACUGCGGUUCAGUUGAGCACCCCACCAUGCCCGCCCUCCAGCUCGCCCUCGGCCACCCCCGCGUGCUCGUCGUGCCUGCUGCUCGGGCGCGGUCGCUCCCUCAACCGUCGCAGCUCCAGCCUCUGAUGCACCCCAGCCUCCUCAGCCUACGCGCGCCCGCGCCCGUCCUGGCUCGGCGUCCGCGUGCCCGCGGGCUCUGGCUCAGUCUUGCGGCUCAGCCUUGCCACACGGUCCGCCUGCGUUGCGCCGCCUAUUUAGCGCCGGAAGCUCCGAUUUCCGCCCAGCCGACUCCGCUAGCUCGUCGACCUCCUCCAACGCCUGCCAGGUCGUCCUCGCGCACCGGCUCCCGUGCCUGCCGGGUCGUCCUGACACGCCGGCCCCUGCGCCCGCCGGCCCAUCCUCGCGUCUCGGUCACCCCGCCAUCGACCACGCCGAGCGUCUCGCCUGGCCGCCCGGCCUCCACGCCAGUCGGCCUCCGUGUGCAGAGGCCGGCUGCUCCGUCCGUGCGCCGGCUCCGCCUGCUCCGCCGGGCCGCCUCCUCGCACCGGGUCGGCCACGCGCGCGCUUGCCCCACGUCGAGCCCGGCCGCGUCCGGCUCCCCGGUGCCGCCCCGCGCCCAGCCGGGUCCGGUCGCCUCCUGCGCGCCCCCGCCACCUGCACCACGUCCGGCCGCCUCGGCGGCUCCCGCGCCCUGCCCCGGCGAGCCGGCCUCCGACUCGCGGCCCUGCUGCUCAUCCGCCUCGUCCAGCGAGCCCCGCCGGCUCGCGGCCCGCGCCGGCUGCGCCACUCUUGGCCUCCCGGACCGCCUGCCGGGUCACCACGCGCGGUGCCGGCUCCGCCCAGCCUCCGCUCCGACCGCGCCUGGUCUUGCUCGUCGCCGGCCGGCUCCAUGCCUCCCGCGCGCUUGCUCCAGCACCCGCGCCGACCGCGUCGGCCCCGUGGCCGGCCAAGGGCCCGCUCCCGCCGGCACCAGCGCUCCACCGCGCACGGCUCCGAGCCGGCUCCCACCCCACGCGCGCGCGGCGCCUCCUCCUCCUGCCGGCGUCCGCGCUCCCCUGCGCCUGACGGCUCCGUGCCGACUCUUCCCCGCCGUGGGCCGACUGCCCCGCAUCCGCCCACACCAACGCUGCUGCGCCCGGCAUCCUCCCCGGCCGCAGCCGGCCGCCGUGGCACUGGGCCGGCCUCCGCUCCUCGCCACCUCGGGUCGUGGCCGGGUGCCCCGCACCGGCAGCCGGUCCCCGCGCCCGUCGCCUGUACCACCCGCGCCCGCCUUCGGCCGCGCCUCCCCAGCGCUCGGCCUCCCCAGGCCGGCUCCGGGUCGCCGCCUCGCCCACAGCCGGCCCGCGCCUCCAUGUCGCUCGCCGCCUCGUGGCUGCCGGCUUCCUAGCUACGCCGACUCCGCCUUCGCUCCGUGCGCCCGGCCAGGGCCGGCUCCUGCGCCGCCCGCCGGAUCCCGCCCCCGACGUCGCCCUCGUCUGGCCGCCUCCUCGCUCGGCCGGCCGGCUCGCGCGCGCCCGUUGGCCGGGUCGCCGCUCCCAGCCGGCGUCCGCCUUCGCAGCCGGCCGUCCCCGCGGGCCGGCUCAGCUUACUCGCCGCCCCGCGCCUCCGGCUCCUCCCCGCAGACGCCCCCGCGGCCGGCUCGUCACUCCACCCUCGCGCGUGCGUCGGCCGGCUACGUCCGUGCGGUCUCGGGCCGGCUGGAGACAAAGAAAGAAAAGUCAACAGUUGGCUGCUAG